AUGCGCCCAAGAAGGAGAGGAUUAGCGUAUCAUCAUACCAAGCCGAAGGGACAACUUUCACAAGGACAUUAUCCUACGACAUCCAAUGAUGGCCAAAGAAGGAAGGUCGGUAAUUCUGAAGCAUUCCAAUCUUUUGAUAUAUGGAAAAACCUAGAUAGGAUAAGGUCGACUAAGAAGAAUGCAGGGCAAUUCAUAAAAGGUAGUCUGCUCAUACUCCCCAUGAGAACGGAAGAUAAACAACAGUUCGACGAGUGCAUGGAUGAAUUGCAUAAGUAUAUAUCGAAGGAUAUAUUACGAUGUUAUCCACAGAAAGAGCAGAAAGAUGAAGGCAUGCUUUUCUACAUAGUUUUGAAGGACUUCAAUAUAUUGGACUCUUGCUUCGUAUUAUCAGUUCUGCUUGCUUUCCAGAAGCGAUUAUGGAUGGCACCAUCCGAAAAAUCAUACUUUAGAGUUCCUAAGAAUAUUAACUUGACAGGUUCGUUUUAUUUGCCCAAGAAUAUAGAAACUGGUAGAGGCCAUAUAAUAACAAGCUAUAGAAGAGAGCAGCCCUCAUCCAGUAUUGUAGAAGUUGGUUUCAAUGUUGUUCCAGAUUUUCAACAGUUUCAAGUUAAGGCUUGUCAUGUAAGUAAGUUCAUGAAUGAGCUUUCUAAUUUUUUUUCACAAGUAGAAUUUGGCAAGUGUGAAGCUAACGUGAUAAACUACUUUAAGCGUGAAUAUAACCGCACUUAUUCACAGAUAUCACUUGCCCUCUACGAACUUCCAUUAAUUGGCGAUGGCUUGUUUGAUAUAAAGUCGUACAUUAGUAAAACCAGGCCAAUUAUAGAAACAUCAAAAGCUCAAAUGAUUAAACAUAUUUCUGAAAUGAAGGCAUAUAACGAAAUAAGUGGCCUUCAAGGAGAUCAAUUUCCACGACAACAAAGACCUUUAUCGAAUUCGCCCUCUUCAAAUUCAAUUUCCUCUUCUCAAACUAUUGAAGCAGGUGCAACUUCAUAUCAAACACAACCACAGAGACACGCUGUUAAUAAGCCAUCAAAUGUAUUGAAUUCUUCCAAUCGUCAUUCCGGGCCAAAAACUUUUGAGGACGGAAGGUAUAGUGAAGGUAAUAAACCGGGUUUUAUGACGCAGGAUGAAAUCAAACAACAUUGCAUUGGUACCAUAAAAGCUUCUAUGGAUGCAGUGAAAAAGAAGUCUUCGUAUCAGAUUCUAAAGACAUACGUUAGGUGUCCAAGACAAAAUUAUAUUGAUAUUGUUUAUCAAAAUCUAAAUGAUCUACGAUCAAAGACAAAUUGUAAUAUCGUCGUAUUGAAUCUGAAUAAUCUUCACGAGUCACAAAUGUGGCUUGAAUCUUUAAAUACAACAAAUUACACUAUUUUUGCUCAGGCGCCUCACCCAAGUACCAUCCGCGUUAUUAGUAUUGGUGGAGUCGGUGAAUAUAUAGUCAAAGCAUUAGAGCUGAUAUUGAAUAUAUUAGAACAUUGA